GGAAACACCGCGGAUCCGGCUCGGGGAGUCCAGGAGGUACCGGGCAGGAAGGAAACAUGAGUUGGUUAGCAAGGAAAAAAGGAAAGCCCAACAGAGGAGGAGGACGAGGCAAAGGAGGCGGUGGAAAACGAGGAGGGGGCAGUGGCCAUUCAAACAAGCCUCAGCUCGGUGGAAGUAGGAAAUGUUCAACCAAAAUUUGGGACGAUGGAGAUGAUUUUUGUCUCUUUGAGGAACCAAGGCUAGAAUCCAGAUCAAGUGUCCCUGCCAGAAGAGGAGGGCAAAUGAAGCAGAGACCUGAAGCAAAAAUGCCUCUGCAGACCAUACACAUGACAUCAGAGAACCAGAGAAGAGUGAAAGAGCUCCUUCAAGAGCUGCAAGGGCAGGAGCUGGCACCUGAAUCAGAUGUAGCUGGAGAAGAUGAUGAUGAGCCUGACUACCUGGAUGAUGAGCAGUGCUGGUCAACAGAACAGGAAGCUUCUGAUGCAAUGCCAAAGUUGCCUGCUGAGCCAGCUGAGCACAGAAUUGUGGGCAGUGAAGUGUCUUCAUUUGCUGUGCACAAACUCUCCAGGUAUGGUUUUGACUGUGAGCGCUGCAGGGCAGUGCUGAGAUCCUGCAAUGGUAAUAUUGGGGCAUCACUGGAGGAUUUGCUAUUGCAGUGCUUCUCUGAGAGGUAUGGAGAGAAGAUGCAGGUUUCUGCAGCAGCUGCUGAAGCCAGUCAAGAGGAAUGUUUAGAGCAGAGGCAAGAAGAAGCUUUUGCCCUCCGGUCAAUUUAUGGAGAAAAAUUUGUAGAAAGGAUUAAAAAUCGUGUUUGGACUUUCAGUUUGGAAUUGGACUACCUGGCACACAGGUUCAGUAAAUCUAAACAAAAAAGUACAAGGGACACAGCAAAACAGACUUCAAAGGAAAUAUGUAAAUUUUACCUCCAAGGAGGCUGCAGGUUUGGUUCAAAAUGCAGAUUUAGACAUGAAUUCCCUCCAAACCAUCCACUAAACACAUCCAAGAACUCUGUAGACGAUGCUCAUCUCAGACAUAAUGAUGGUCCCGUCUAUGAACUUGAAGUGAGAUUUCCUGAUGAGAACAAGUAUCCUCUUCAGGCACCUCUUGUGGCAUUUUACUCCACUGACGAGAAUCUGCCUCUUGCUUGUCGUCUGCACAUUGCUGAGUUCCUCUUUGGAAAGGCCUUGGCAGCUGCAGAGUCUCAUGAGCCAGUGGUGUACACCUUGGUGACUUGUUUGGAAGAUGAACACGAGAUCAGUGAGCUCCUGAGCAAUACUCACCACAAGUUCAGUGUUCCUCCUGUCUCCCUGCUGGCAGCACCUCCUGUAAAGCCACAGGCAGAGAGUGCACCUGCUUCAGAUCAACAGGCUGAAGCCUCAACAGUGUCAGAGCCUCAGGAAGAAGAGGUGGUGGCAGAAGAGGAGGAGGAGGAAGAGCCUGAACAAGUUGUUGUGGAGAAUGAGAGUUAUGUGAACUUGAAGAAGAAGCUUUCCAAAAAGUAUGAUGUGCAGGCAAAGUCUCUGUAUAAUGAAAAUGUCAGAAUCUGCGCGCAGUUUCGGCAGAAAAAGUCUUCCAGGCACUUUCAGUCCAUGCUGUAUGAAAGGCAGAAGCUCCCUGCUUGGCAAGAGAGAGAAAACAUCUUGAGUUUGCUUGAGAGCCACCAAGUUCUUGUUGUGAGUGGCAUGACAGGAUGUGGGAAAACCACUCAGAUUCCCCAGUUUAUCUUGGAUGCUUCAUUGCAAGGCUCUCCAAGCAGAGUUGCAAACAUCAUCUGCACUCAGCCUCGCAGGAUCUCUGCCAUUUCUGUGGCUGAACGUGUAGCCAAGGAAAGAACAGAAAGGAUUGGACUCACUGUUGGAUAUCAGAUCCGUCUGGAAAGUGUCAAGUCCUCAGCUACCAGGCUUUUGUACUGCACUACUGGUGUGCUGUUGAGAAGGCUGGAAGGAGAUCUGACUCUGCAGGGAGUCACUCAUGUCAUUGUUGAUGAAGUUCAUGAAAGAACAGAAGAAAGUGACUUCCUGCUGCUGGUUUUGAAGGAUAUAAUGGUUCAGAGGCCAGACCUGCGCAUUAUACUGAUGAGUGCCACCCUGAAUGCUGAGCUUUUCUCUCAGUACUUCCACUCCUGUCCAAUCAUCAACAUACCAGGGCGAACAUUUCCUGUGGACCAGUUUUUUCUGGAAGAUGUGAUUGCAAUGACAAGGUAUGUUUUAGAGGACAGCAGUCCCUACAGGAGGAAGGUAAAGCAAGAACAGAAUGGGAGACACAAAAGAACUGCAUUUGAAGAAGUAGAGGAGGACCUGAGGCGUGCUGGCCUUCUGGAAAGCACUGACACCGUGGUCAGAGAUUCAGACCCAGACCAGAAAUUAACUCUGAAGCAGCUCCUUACACGAUAUAAAGGGGUUAGCAAGGCAGUGCUGAAAACAAUGUCUGUCAUGGACUUGGACAAAGUUAAUCUAGAAUUAAUUGAAGCCUUGCUGGAAUGGAUAGUUGCUGGCAGACAUUCAUACCCCCCAGGUGCUGUGUUGGUAUUUUUGCCUGGCCUAGCAGAAAUCAAGAUGCUUUAUGAGCAGCUUCAGACUAAUGCUCUUUUUAAUAACAGGCACAGCAAGAGGUGUGUGGUUUAUCCACUUCAUUCCUCACUGUCCAGUGAAGAACAGCAGUCUGUGUUCCUCAGGCCUCCUGCAGGAGUUACCAAAAUCAUCAUCUCCACCAACAUUGCAGAGACAUCUGUCACUAUCGAUGACGUGGUCUAUGUGAUUGACUCUGGAAAAAUGAAAGAGAAAAGAUACGACCCAAGCAAAGGAAUGGAAAGUCUGGAGGACACCUUUGUGUCCAAGGCCAACGCUCUGCAGAGGAAGGGGCGGGCAGGACGUGUGGCCUCGGGCGUCUGCUUCCACCUCUUCAGCAGCCACCACUACAACCACCAGCUUGUGAAACAGCAGCUGCCAGAAAUACAGAGAGUGCCCCUGGAGCAGCUCUGUCUGAGAAUUAAGAUCCUGGAGAUGUUUUCUGAGCAGAGUCUUCACUCUGUCUUGUCACGGCUGAUCGAGCCCCCCAGGACCGAGUCCUUGCAGGCAUCGAAGGUGCGGCUGCGGGACCUGGGAGCGUUAACUCCGGAGGAGAAGCUCACUCCCCUGGGAUACCACCUGGCCUCGCUGCCUGUGGAUGUCAGGAUUGGCAAGCUCAUGCUCUUUGGCACCAUCUUCCGCUGCCUGGAUCCUGCGCUGACCAUAGCAGCCAGCCUGGCCUUUAAGUCACCUUUUGUGUCACCGUGGGAUAAAAGGGAAGAAGCAAACAAAAAGAAGCUGGAGUUUGCAGUAGGAAACAGUGACUACCUGGCUCUUCUCCAGGCCUAUAAGGGAUGGCGUUUAAGUAUCAAAGAGGGCUCUCAAGCAAGCUACAACUACUGCAGGGAGAACUUCCUGUCAGGAAGAGUCCUUCAGGAAAUUGCCAGUCUGAAGAGGCAGUUUGCAGAGCUGCUUUCUGACAUUGGCUUUGUGAAGGAGGGAUUGAGAGCCAGGGAUAUUGAGAAGAGGUGGUCCCAAGGAGGCGAUGGUGUGUUGGAUGCCACAGGAGAGGAGGCAAAUUCAAAUGCAGAUAACAUCAAGCUGAUCUCAGCUAUGCUGUGUGCUGCACUGUAUCCCAAUGUUGUCCAGGUGAAAAAGCCAGAGGGUAAAUACCAGAAGACCAGUACAGGAGCGGUCAAAAUGCAACCAAAAGCAGAAGAGCUGAAGUUUGUUACUAAAAAUGAUGGUUAUGUUCAUAUUCAUCCUUCGUCUGUGAAUUAUCAGACCAGGCACUUUGAGAGCCCGUACCUGGUGUACCACGAGAAGAUCAAGACGAGCCGCGUGUUCAUCCGGGACUGCAGCAUGGUGUCCGUGUACCCGCUGGUGCUGCUGGGCGGCGGCCAGGUGCACAUGCAGCUGCUCAAGGGCGACUUUGUCAUCUCCCUGGACGACGGCUGGAUCCGCUUUGUGGCUGCCUCUCACCAGGUGGCUGAGCUGGUGAAGGAGCUGCGCUGCGAGCUGGACCAGCUGCUGCAGGAUAAAAUCAAGAAUCCCAGCAUGGAUUUGUGCAUGUGCCCCCGGGGCUCUCGGAUCAUCGGCAUGAUUGUCAAGCUUGUGACCACGCAGUGACAUCAGAACAGUUUGCUGUAAGGAUCACCCAUGGCUGCUGCCUGAGAACAGACCAAGUAACAUCAGUGUCCUGAUGCAUUUAUUGGUCCAAAACGUGGCACUGACCUCUGCAAAAACAAGUUGGCAACUGUACUGUUGAGUUUUGGGUUUUUGUUUGUUGGCUUGUUGAAAUUAAGGUGGCUUACACUAUAUUCUGGGAGAAUGGCAGCUCUUCCAGAAGGAAUAGAAA